UGUGCGGGUGGUGGUGUUUCUGGUUUGAAAACGGCGUGAUCUCUUAGCCGAAGCAGAAUUAGACUUUGUCGCACAACAGUCAUGCCGCAGUGACGGUAUAUGUUUAGAUGAUGGACUCUAAAAUCGCCAAAGAUUUCUAUCUAGCGGUGGACCGCCCUGCUAGCUAAACCAGUUGUUAGCUAGCCAGCUGCGCUGAAAUGGGCGUUCACUGCUUAGCUUAUACUCAGUUGGGGGGCCACGCCAGUUUCAGCAUCGGGUUUUGUGGGGUUUGAGAUUCGUGAAUAAUUAAAUACAAGCUGUUAUCAGAACGUCUAUCGGAUUAUCAGCAGUGGUCGUGACGAACUGAUUCUUUUGCAGUUGAUGCGCAUGAAGAAUACAUGGAGGUGUUGUUAGCUAAGGCAUGUUGCUUGCUAGCUGGCUAAAACGACGGUCGUGAGGUUGAUGUGAGUUAACUGGAAUAGCCGUCCAGCUGGCCUUUGAACGCGUAUACAUCUUCGAGGCGACUCAGAAGAAUCACACGAUCAUGAAUGCGUCUUCAAGAUGAGUGACCUUGAACUCUGCACUUGCUGAAACAAAGGAAUGGAAUAGAUAUAACUGCAUUGACAGCACGUGAAGACAAAGCUCCUCGUGACCUCAUCUUACACGACUUAGGCUUGUUUGUCUGGAAACAAGUCAGGCUUUGAGCCAAUACCAGAGAUGCCGGUAAGAACGCAUCUCUACAGGCUGCAGCCUUGCUACACCAACUGAGAGUACCAGACAACUGCAACUGUUCUUUAAAGGAUGUGCUGCUGAUUGGACACUGAGUCUAAUUCAUCUUCCACCUCUUCUAAACGUUAUUAACGUUGAGUGUGUGCCAGUGUGUACAGUGAAUUAUGGUGACCAAAAAUGGUGCUUGAAUGUAGCAUCCUGGUGCAGGGUAUGCUAAAAGGGGUGAGCCUCUCUCUGAAAAGUUUAACAGCUGACUGCUGUCGAUAAUGGAUGCCAAGUUAAAAGAGGACCUGUUUCGGAGGUAUGUGACGGCACUGGAGAGACGUCUAGAGGAGGAACAUACAUGGAUUGGAUCUGCUCCAGAGGGGGAUAAAGGGAGACACAAGGACAGCGAGCCCCUACUCUCCACAGCCACGGCUCUGCUUGGGGCUUACCAGCCAGAUCCAGGACAGCGUUUCCGGAUGGUGCCUUUCUAUGAAGUGGUGGAAAAUUCUCUCCGCUGCCAAAGAGGGGGCAACCUCAAAAGCCUGGAGAGAGCCUUCCACACACUGGAAACCAUCUGCACCAACAUCUUGCUCUUUCCCUGGAAGAAGGAAUUCAGAUGUAUAAAGACCUUCACUGGCCCAUACGUGUACCAUCUGCAGUCUGCCAUUUCUGAUGCUGAACUCCGGUCUCUAAUGCGUACCAUUGGCUACACCUGUGACAAUGAUUCGCAGUUCCAUUUGCAGGAACACCCAGGAGGCGCAAAUCAUCUCCGCCAGUUGGCAUUUGAGUUCUUCCUGGCUCAGGCUGAGUGUCGUCUUCUGGGAGAGGUAGUGGCUCUGGCCCGUGGUUCAGCCUCAGAGCUGGAGGCCCUGGAACUCCGCAGAGGUUGCAGGGAUGAUGCAGCUGGCUGUGCUGAGGCGCUCCGCAGACGUGACAGCCUUGGGGCAGAUAUGGCUCGGCUGUCUGUGCGGCCAGUGGAUAUAGAGAGGCCACAUACCCACCACCUGAGGCGAGGUAGCCGACCGUCUAAGUCUGUGGAUGUUACAGACGGGGCUGGUCACUGGCAUGCAGCAGUUAGCAAGCCUGUCUUGAAGGCCUCAUUGAGUCUGAGGAAGGAGCCACUGUUUGUGGAUGCAGAGGAGGAUAUGAAGGAUGAGAUUAUCAGGCCCAGCACCUCAGCAUCUCUCUUCUCUGUGGCAGCUCCACCUUCCUAUAGCCCUGUUGCGGAUUUUUUCCCAAUUCAGUCACCAACCCCGGCUGAUGCUUACACAUCCUAUCACCUGUCAUCUUUGGAUGAGAUUGACUUGUACACGGAGAGGGGUGGUGCUGGGACAGGAGGGAGGCAGACCCCGUCUCGACCUCCAUCCAGAGAGCCUCGGGAAGCAAGGGAUGGGUGGCUACUCAAAAGUCAUGGUAGUGUGAAGUGCCAGGGCUGUGGACUGGGCUGCUCCUCUAUGGCCUCCUGCCAGAGGUGUGACAUGAUCCUCUGUUCCGCCUGUCAUGAUGUGGACCCCUCUCCUUGCUGUGGCCUCCAGGACUACCACCCCAAAUCCCCGCGACCCCUUGAUGGAUACAUUCCUGUCAAAGAAAAGCUCUCUGUCUACUCUAACACUCACUCCCACUCCCAUCUUCAUCCUCACCCCCUCACACUGACCCACUCACACUCUCACCCCCACCCUCACCCCCAGAUGGUGGAGAAGCCCCUUAUGUCCACUAAGCUGUUUCCAAGCAAGUCUGUUGCCUUGACAACACCAAAGGGAGGCAGCAGCGAGCGAAUAAGCAUGGGUGGAUCGCGAUGUGGGUUUUGCAACAAGCCUGGUGCAUCACACACCUGUGUGAACUGCUCUAAGGUGUCAUGUGACUCGUGCAUGGGCUUGUAUGCCAAAGAUAUGUGCACGCGAAAGAAUCCCCAGCACAGCUUUGUGCCCAACCAUCAGCUCAACUUCAAAUCUGGCACCAUAUCUCACCUGGUAUAUCGAUGAAUCAGGCAGACAGAAUAUUUGUUUCUCCCUUUCAGUCCCCUCUCUUGACCUGCUGCGUAGUCUUGCACUAUUGCUUUAGCUCUGUUCCAGUUAAAUAACUCAUUCUCUAUCUUCCCUUUUAUCUGAUCUCUUUUCGCUCUCUAUAACCCUCUUGAACUUUGUACAUUACUCCUGCUGUUAGUAGGGCCCUGGAAUGCACAUACCACAGAGAGUCAUAUCGUCUGCCCAUCUCUCUGCCUUGUACAAGUUCAGGCCUUUUAUCUCUUUCUUCUUCCUUUUACUUUGCUACCUGCUCUUGAGUAGUCAUGUGAUGUUGUGGCGCUUCCCAAAUUCCUCAAAUUGUGUCCUCAAAAGGGAAACUGGAGACGAGAGUUUAAUUCCUUCUCAUUUUGAAUGAAUUCCAUUGAAUUCCAUCCAAAUGAACAUAUACACUUUGCCUAACUUCUCAGCUAAAAAUUCCUCUAAUAUAUAUAACUAAUUUAUAUAUAUAUAUAUAUAUAUAUAUAUGUAUAUGUAUAUAUACAUAUAUAUAUAUAUUCAAACAAUAUAUAUGUGAGUGUGUGUAGAAAAGACCUCUGAGCUUGCAUUGUGACAAAGGAGAUCUUUUUAAACUUGAAAAAUAGUAGGGAAAACAUACACUGGAAGUUAAUAGUAUAUAUUUUUAAUCUCUAUUCUAGAACAGUGUGAGACUGUUAAAUGGGCAUGAGGUCUGUAAAAAUGGGAUUUUUGAAGUAUAAACUUGUCAUGUCAGUGGGUGUGGGGUGGGUGAUAUCUCAAAGGGAAAUUCUGAGGCAAUGCCAUAUAUUCUGUUUAAAAGAUUAUGUCUUGUAAAUUAACCCUCAAUUGUUUCUGGUUAUAUGACGGAGGUUUAAAUGCUGCUGUUAUCUUGAGACAUUGAAAAUGUGUGGUGUGGACUUCUUUAUGGUAAAUAGCCUGUUGAGCUGUGACAGUUCCAAGCCCCUCCACCCCAUCCCGUUCCAUUACACUCCUUAAGCCUUCAUGGCCCGUGAUGUUGUAGUGCACCCUUACCUGUUCAGUGGUUCCCUGUUGGUCUCAGGUGGAAUCACAGAAGUCUCAUGCUGGGCCACAAAGCAAGUGAUUAUGGUUCUUUGACAGUAUGUAAGCCUAUUGAUUGGUUUUAGACAGUAUGAAAGUGUAUACGCUGACAUGGUUUCUGUCUACCUCAAAUGGCUUCAGCUUAUACACCUGGUUCCACAUUGUGGUUUCAAACUAGCCCUAAAAGCUAAGGAAUACUCUAUUUGUAAUUGUUAUUGUCUAAUUUGAACUGCACAGAAAACAUCCUCAGUUAUUUUUAAAGGAUAGCAGAAGUUAUUUAUUUGCCGACAUAUUUCCUAGGCUCUUGUAGCUUUUUAUAGUUUUGGCGGACAUAAAAACACUAACACUUGUAAAUUAGAAUGCAAAAAGUACAAUAGCCCUGUGACAAACACUACUUUUGUGAAGUUUCAAAUGUUAAAUUUGAUUUAGUUUUAUAUUUUUGUUUUGUGUUUUUUGGUAGUGAACUAGAUUGUGUUGCACAGUAAGUUAUUUGUUUUGUUUUUUUUCCCCCAUUGGUAGAAGACAACCCACUUAUAGUAUGUUGCAGUUCAGUACAAAACCAUCUCAAAUGUUGAGUGCAAAAAUCACUGUAAAGUUGAUGCCUCUAUGGUACAGAGUUAAUAACAUUUAACAAUUUAGUUUUCCAAAGGUAGUAUUUAUCACAUGGCUAGUGCGCUAUUUAUUACAGGGAUUCAUGUUAUGUGCACCUGCCUGUACAGCACUCUAGUAUGCUGUCAUUUAACUUUGGUGUUGGUGUUCCAAGUUCAUGUUAUGGCACCCAGUGUUAUUUUGCAUAUUUUGAAACCCUGACAGCCCUCCCUAAGACACAUGAUUUGGCGUGAUUUGGUGCAUGAAGUUAUGUCGAGUUUCCUCAAGCAAGCCAUUGCAGUUAGCUUUGGAAAUUUCAUUAAACUCCUCCAAAGGGCUGGAGCCGUCAUGUGUGAAUAAACUCUGCUAACAUGUUAAUUGAGUAUUGUAAAUUUUGAGGUACCUCCAGUAAUUAGGUUUUGGUUUUUCAUGCAAGAGAUGCAUGGAUGCAAUUAAUGCAGUAUAGAGGAGUUUAUUAGUCAGGAAGGGCUAUUUUUAAAUCACCUUUCAUUCAUAAAAAUAAAAAAAGUCCAGGUUAUUCUGACAGGCCAUUUAUGCGAUAAUAGCAUUUAUGUUCUGUCAGCAAUAACCUCCAAAUGCCUUAAGCUCAUUCAGCUUUCUUAUCAUAGGGAAUUUUACGUUUUUAGCAUUUACAUUAUUUUGUGUUGUUCCCAGCCAGUAUGUUAAACAUUCACAUGUUUUUUUUCAAGGUAACAUGAAUUAUAUAAAUAGCUUGUUUGCCAAGAGCUGAGGAAAUAAUUCAGUGUUUUAAUUUUUAUUAAUUUAAAAUAUACACAAGUAUGAAAUAACUCUCAGAAAGUGAUUGCGUAUUGAACCAUGCAUACUGACAGAAUUAUACAGCACUUCACACUUUAUACAGCGUAAAUACACUAUGUGCUUACAGGGGUUAAUGUCUGCUAUAAUGAACAUGUUUUGCCUGGAAGUCAAAUUUCAAAUAUUUUUGUUUUGCUUACAGAUAUUACCCAAACACACAUUUGGUGUGAGAGAUUUCUUAUCUCAAACUUCUGUUCAUUCCUUCCUUUUAAAGUGGAGUUUUUUGUGUUUUGUGUCCAUAUCAUGUUAAACAACUUAAAGAAGGGAUGUUCUGAUACUGGUUGGAUGUAGCUUAAGGGUUCUUUGAGAGAACCUCUUGGGUCAACAUUAACUGACUUGGGUAUCAAAAAAGUACAAAAGUCUUGAGUGACCUUCGGGGAGAUGUGCAAUGUUUUGUUUUCACAAACUGAAGCCUUUCUAAAUAGUUAGAUUAUUUAUCAUAGAUAUAUUUCAGUUUCUCAAGUUUGUUCAUCACACAUCAUACCAGCAACAAAGAUGACUUUCAGAAGUAUUGAGCCAUGUUGCAAGAGUGAUCAUAUUGCCAAAUGAAGAACAAAUAUCUUAUUGGAGUAGAAAACAAAAUCCAGUCGCUUGCCCAGAUGUACAGUAAAUGUAACAUAAACCUGUAGUUUUGCUAAAGUUUAGCCUUGUGUCUGUAGAUGUUGGCCUUUUUAAGAAGCCUUGAAAGAGCGUCAUCAUAGUUACCUAC